AUGGAGGAAUCUGAAUUCAUUCAACCCAAAACAACAACACGUAUCCUGUCUUCUGGAACUCCAGCAGAUCCCAAGAAAUGCAAGCCAAUGUUCGUAACAGCCAACCGAUAUUCUUCACUUACUAUUGACGAUGACGCCACAGGUAAUACAUCCUUACAUACACAAUCUAACUUGAAGUGAACAACGAAAUUAAAAAUAAAUUACCUCCUCCUAUAUUUAUCCGUGAAGUGUUAGAUUUUGUUAGCUUUAGGCAACAAUUGAUCUCUUUAAUUAGCCCAGAAAACUUCUAAUUCAAGUCUUCUACAAAUGCACUAAAAGUGCAAACAAUUAAUCCAGAUUCCUACAGGAAAACUAUUCAUUUCUUAAGAGAUGAUAAAGCCCAAUUCCACACCUUCCAACCAUAAGAAGAUAAAGCUUUUCGCAUAGUCAUCAGAAACCUACACCCAUCAACACUAACUAUUGAAGUCGGCAGAGCCAUUGAAGAUUUAGGCUUUACUGUACAUCAAGUAGCAAAUGUUCUCCACAAGGUAACAAAAAGCAAGCUUCUAGUGUUUUUUGUUGACCUGGAACCAGCUAUAAUAAACAAAGAUAUAUUUAGUUUGAAGUCCCUACUUCAUACUAAAAUAAAAGUGGAAGAACCCCAUAAACGUAAAGAUAUAACGCAAUGCCACAACUGUCAGGAAUACGGCCACUCGAAAAAAUACUGUGCACUCUCCUCAAGAUGUGUCCGUUGUGGAAAAAACCAUCCAUCUUCAGCCUGUACCAAAUCUAAUGAAACUCCUGCUAGUUGCGUACUCUGCAAUGGAAACCAUCCGGCUAACUACAAAGGUUGCAAAACAUACAAGGAGCUUCAAAAUCACCGGAAUUUCUCCACCAAUCAAAAUAACGGUAACAAAACAAACAAUGUUAGCUUUAAAUUUAAUAACUGUGAAAGUUCCCCGCGGCCAACACAAACCACUAACCCAAUCCCAGACCCGUAA